AUGUCGUCCCCAAAGGUUGAAAGAGCCACGGCCUGUGGCAAGGAGUCCACAGAAUCCGGGUCCCUCAUCGCGUAUAUCGCGGACCAGGCCACCCCACCAGACUCGCCCAAUCCCGGAGACAUGACGGUGUUUUUGCCUGACACCUUCGCCUCGAUACUGUCCGUGGAAGCCGUUGUGAACCCCCACUACAGACAAGUCAAAGCCGAAGCAGACGCUUGGAUAGCCGAGACCCUUGGAUAUGAUGAGAAGGCAGCUCGUCGCAAUGCAGGUGCUGAUUUCACAUACCUGGUAUCAUUCUGGGCGCCGCAGUGCGACGCCGAGGCUCUCAGGACGAUGGUGGACUGGCAACACUGGAAUUGCUCCAAGGCUUUCCCGUGGGAUGAUCAGUUCGACGAAGGCCAUCUCAAGACAGAUUUGCAGGGGGCGGCGGAAGAGAUCAUCCACAUGACCUCUCUGUUGGACGACUCACACCCGCCUAUAUCGCCGGAUGAGUACCCGAUACGAUACGCCUUCCAGGUCAACUGGUAUAGCAUCCGAAAGAGGGCUUCACCAGCUUUGCAACACAGGUACAAGAAAUGCAUCAAGCAUUACAUGCUCGGCUGUCUUGGCCAGGUUGGCGCUCGAAAGCUCAAGCCGGAAGAACUCAGCGUCGAGGCGUAUCUGAAGUUCAGAAGAGGCACGAUUGUAAGUCUCAACCCGUCCAACACCGCCUGGCAACACGUCGUUUCUGCCUUAUACGCUGCCGGCCUCGAUCUGCCACAGGAAGUCUUGGAUCACCCGUCAAUCCAAGCUUGCCAGGAGGUUGCAGUUGACCUUGUCCUGCUGGACAACGACCUUCUGUCCUACAAGAAGGAUUUGGUAGAAGGAGAAGACCUGAACAUGAUCAACAUCAUCCGCGCGCACCGGAACCUACCCUUACAAGAAGCCAUCGACAAUAUUGGCGUCAUGCUAGAUGCCUGCUACCGCCGGUGGUACAAGUCGCUGGCUGAAAUGCCUAUCUGGGGCAAAGAGAUCGACAAUGAGGUCCUGCGGUAUCUUGACGGAAUCAGGAACGUUGCGCUGGGAAGCCUACAUUGGAGCUUUCACACUGGUCGGUAUUUCACGGGGAGUGAAGGGAUGAGGCUGAGAGACACGAGGGAGAUGAGGUUGCCGGUCAUCUAA